UAUCUGCCGGGACAUAAACUUCCAACCAAUGUGGUGGCCGUUCCAGAUGUAGUAGAAGCUGCGAAAGACGCUGAUAUUCUUAUCUUUGUACUGCCGCAUCAAUUUAUACAUAAGAUAUGUAAAACAUUGUUAGGAAAUAUUAAGCCUACAGCAGUUGGCCUCUCUUUGAUAAAGGGUUUCGACAAAAAAGAUGGAGGUGGAAUUCAACUUAUCUCACAUAUAAUUGCCAGAGAACUCAACAUUCCUAUGGCUGUUUUAAUGGGAGCAAAUUUGGCUGCUGAAGUAGCUGAGGAAAUGUUUUGUGAGACUACUAUAGGUUGCAAAGACAAAAAUAUGGCUCUUACAUUAAGAGAUCUAAUACAAACAUCAUACUUCAGAGUUGUAGUUGUUGAAGAUGUUGAUUCAGUUGAAUGUUGUGGAGCACUAAAGAAUAUAGUAGCCUGUGGUGCAGGUUUUGUUGAUGGUCUAGGUCUAGGUGAUAAUACAAAAGCUGCUGUCAUCAGAUUAGGACUUAUGGAAAUGAUUAAAUUUGUGGAUGUAUUUUUCCCUGGUGGAAAGCUUGCGACCUUCUUUGAAAGUUGUGGCGUAGCGGAUCUUAUUACUACUUGUUAUGGUGGGCGCAAUCGUAAAGUUUCAGAAGCAUUCGUCAAAACUGGCAAGACUAUUAGUGAAUUAGAAAAUGAAAUGUUAAAUGGACAGAAAUUACAAGGUCCCUUCACAGCUGAAGAAGUAAACUAUAUGUUGAAAGCAAAAAAUAUGGAAAACAGGUUCCCACUUUUUACAGCUAUACAUCGAAUUUGUAUGGGUGAGAUUAAACCACAGGAACUAAUUGAAUGCAUACGCAACCAUCCAGAACACAUGGACGAUGACGUUAACGUAUCAAUGCUGCAACUACCUACACCGAGAUGCCAUCUGUGAAGAUUAUAAUGGAGGACACGGAAGAGACAACAUGAUUGGCGUAUUCAUGUUUAAAAAAUUGUUAUGAAUUUAUAGAUUAUUUUUGGGAUGUGAUAUAUAUUUAACAUACUAAAUAUUCAUACCAACUUGAUACAAUUCAGAGGAAAGAAUUACGACUAUCAUUAAUAAAACAUAACAUUUUUAUUCUCGGGAAACUAACAUAUAGAGGAAAAGCAUUUCAUUACCGCAUGUUCUUAAUAAUUACUUUUAAACCAUGUGUCUAAAUAUGAUUUGAUUCACUUGCUUUUUAUAAUCAAUGAAAUUUAUAAAAUUUACACAUUAAUAGAACUAUAUUUGAGUUGUGUUUCAUUUCUAAUUACAAUGUAAAAUUACAUAACAGCUAAUAUAUCCG